AUGAGUUCUAUGUUCAAAAAGAAAGGAGGGCCUGCCUUCAAACCAAAGAUCCCCGCUGCUCGACGCCCCGCGGCACCAGUACCCUCACAACCACCAAAACCGUCGCCUGUUUCUGUUCCUCCACCGGUCUCCGAAGUGCCUGAAACUCAGCCAACUACCCAAGAAUCAUCCGCGUCUUCGUCACCGAAUGAGACUGUAACCGCACCUAUCGAGCCCAAACCUCAGGAUUCUCAUAGAAAUGAUGGCCAGCCUCCUACCCCGCCAUCGACAGAACCAGAGCCCGCAAAGCCCGAUGACGUUGCCGUAACUCAGGAAAUCUCGCAGGAAAAGUCGCCUGGUGAAUCCCAGCAUGGCGCAAAUACCGAGGAUGUUUCUGUUCACACAGAAGAGACCGCUGCGCCGGUUGCGACUGCAAAGGCCCAAGAAUCCGCGACUACCCAGACACAACCGACAAGCGAGCAACAGGAUCAGUCACCAGGCAGUGAAGAACCUUCUCUACCGCCCAAUGAGACCCAGUCGAGUGACAUAGAAGCUGCAGCCUCUCCGGUGCUCCAAACACCCACUCCUGACGACUCGGAAGGGCCGAGUGGGACUGAACCUUCAACGACGCCUUCGCACCUAACAGACGGCCCCGAUGAGUCACAACCAAAACCUUCGGAAGAAGUACAGAAGGCUACAAAGUCAACACGAAAACCACGGGCCAGGAAGCAGCCCACCCAAGCAGCCCAAGAUGAGGCUGGCGCGGAAGAAGGUGCCCGGCCCAAGAAGCGACAGAGGAAAACUACCGAGGAAGGUACGACGCCUAAACAGCCAAGAAAACGCAAAGCGGCAACGGAAAGCGGCACAAACACUCCUAAAACCAGAAGGGCACGAUCCAUGACUCCAGAAGACUCUGAGACUCAGUUGGUGGAUCUUCAGAAGCUCAAGAUGGCCGACUUAACCAAAGAUCUUCACAUUGGCAAGAAAUUCAGCAGGCAUGACGAAUUACGGGAACGAGAGCGACGGGCCAGGAUGAAAAACAAAAUCGGAACCGACGUGGAGCGCGACAGUUCAGCAACACCUGAGACUAGUGGUCAGGUUGAGAAGAGUGGAAGUCCGGCUGCAUCGCCGGCUCCUUCAGCGCCUGCUCCUGCUGCUCCUUCAGGACCACAAUUCCGCAUUGUGGAUGGACAGAUCGUGAUUGACCAGAGCUCGUUGUCCGUGGAUCGACAUGCUCGAGCAGCUGCAGCCGCUGGCGACAUGGAAACUGUCGAAGAAAACGACUUCACUCGCCUCAUCACCAGCAACUCGUUCAUGAACACAUCCAAACUCAAGGGGCCCAACAUCUGGACUGAAGAUGAGACGGAGCUCUUCUACCGCGGUUUGUGCAUGUUUGGCACCGAUUUUGAGAUGAUCUCCAAGAUGUUCCCUGGAAAACAACGCCGCAAUGUGAAGCUCAAAUUUAACCGUGAGGAGCGCCACUGUCCUAGGCGGAUAAACGCUGCCCUCAUUGGCGAGAAGACAGUCAAGAUGAACAUUGACGAGUACAAGGCCUUCACCGGGAGUGAAUUCGAGCCAGUGGAAGCCAUCGAAGCCGAACAGCGCAAAAUCCAGGAAGAGUACGAGGCAGAGGAGAAGCGCCGUGCCGAUGAGCAGGCCGAGGCCAUGCGCAAGAAGCGCGAGGAGCUGUUCAAGGAUGAUGAAGACGGCGAUGCAAAGAAAAAGAAGAAGAAAAAGAAGCAAACAAUCAUCUACGGACUCAACGGCGAACCCAUCGUUCAGGAGGAAUAA